GCAGUCUUGGCUACAGUCAUCUGCCACAUCUGUUGUAGAGAGUAGCAGCACAAAGAUUUUGAAAAAAUGGCCUUCGCUGGAAUUCUUAAGGAAGAGGAUGUGGCUGCAGCCCUCAGCGCCUGCUCUGCUCCCGAGAGCUUCAACUACAAGACCUUUUUCGCCAAGGUUGGCCUGUCAGGAAAAACUGCUGAUGAUGUCAAGAAGGCUUUCUUCGUAAUUGAUCAGGACAAGAGUGGAUUUAUUGAGGAGGAUGAGCUGAAACUGUUCCUGCAAAACUUCUCUGCUGGUGCCAGAGCUCUGACUGAUGCUGAGACCAAGGCCUUCCUUGCAGCUGGUGACAGUGAUGGUGACGGCAAAAUUGGAGUUGAUGAGUUUGCUUCCCUUGUGAAGGCUUAAGCAUUGUGAACUCCAUUUUCUUUUCUUUUUUUCUUUUUGGAAACAGGUGUCUAUGCUUUUGUAGAUUCCCCUGGCUCCAAUACUUAAUUAAUUUUUUUUAUAUGUAUUUAUUUAUGACAACUCACAACUCCUCACUGCAAGAAGAAAUGUCUUAAAAACUAUGUAUUGCUCAUUUAUUUCUUGUUAGGUAUGUAAUUAUGUAAAGAGCCUAACAUAUGCAAAUAUAAAAUGCCUUUUGCACUUUUGACAAUGAAAUAAAUUUGCAUUUGGUGUA